UAUUGGGAAGCGUUCAGAAUGCUGUAUUCGAAAAUUCCUCUUUUUGACAGCUGUAACAAGCGAAAGGCGGGAGGGAAGUAGAACGAUAGGAUAUUUGACAUGAUGUGUCAGUUUUUGUUCAGCGAUUUUAACUAAAAACUGUGAAAACAACGAAAUUCGCAAUAACAUUAAAUUGUACCAAAAAAUAUGUCCAGUAAAUAGUGUUAUUGAAGAAAACGAUUUUAACAAAAUGAAGUAUUCGACUUCACCAACACCGUCUGUGGCCGAAUCCAACUAUGCGCCAUCGUAUACAACGUCCCGCGGCCAAUCGCCACUACCACCACCAGCGAAUCACACAAGAAAUUGUCUUUCUGCAACCAGCAAAAGCUACAAAUAUCUACGACGGCUACUAAAAUUUAACCAAAUGGACUUCGAGUUUGCUGGAUGGCAAAUGAUAUACUUAUUUAUAGCGCCACAAAAAGUAUACAGAAACUUCAACUAUAGAAAACAGACCAAGUCACAAUUUGCCAGAGAUGACCCCGCCUUUUUAGUUUUAUUAGUCGUUUGUCUAUGUGUGACCUCAGUGGUGCUCGCAUGGACAAUGGGACUAAACUUUUUGCAGGGUGUUUCCUUUAUUUUGUACGUAGUAUUUGUGGAUUGCAUAUUUGCUGGCAUCAUUGUUGCUUCGUUCUUAUGGAUGGUGACGAAUCGCUACUUACGUAGUAGUAGUAUGGAGCCAGAUAUUGAAUGGGGCUAUGCUUUUGAUGUUCAUUUAAACGCAUUCUUCCCUCCGUUAAUAAUACUUCAUUUUGUGCAAUUGUUUUUCUACGAAUGGGUUAUAAGUCAACCGUGGUUUUUCGCUCGUUUACUAGGAAACACAUUUUGGCUAUUCGCAUUGGGUUACUACGUCUAUAUAACAUUUUUGGGCUAUAACUGUAUCCCACAUUUAAAGAACACACGUCUGAUUCUCAUCCCAUUACCCAUAAUCUUUUUAUUCUAUCUGGUGACUGUGAUCAUUGGUUGGAAUGUGACGGUUUCGUUUAUUAAUUUUUAUAAGUAUCGUGUAUACUAAAUGAUUGUAAUAAGUUACAUUUGAAUGAUUAAAAAUUGGUUUAUUUAUAUAUAAGAAGCUUAUACUGACUACAUAUGUAAUAUAGCGUCAUUAUUAAAUACAAUAAUAGCAAUAGCAGCAAGAUAAAUAAAAACUUGAAUAUAGAUCAUUAAUCCAAAA